AUGGAGCAGAAGGGCGAAUUCACCUGGGGUGAGGGGGAUCGGCAUUUCUUUGCAGAAGAAAGUCUUUAUGAAUGUUCCCACUGCAAGAAAUGCUUCCAGGACAGGUCAGACCUCAUUUGCCAUCAGAGGUUGCACAGAGGAGGAAAGACUUUUAAAUGCCAAGAGUGCGGAAAAGAGUUUGGGAAGAGCUCGGACCUCAGUUCCCAUCAGAAAAGCCACAUGGCGGAAAAACCCUACCAGUGCUCAACAUGCGAGAAGUUCUUCAAAGACAGGUCCACCCUCAUCAGGCACGAGAGAGUGCACACGGGAGAGAAGCCCUACAAGUGUCUGGAGUGCGGGAAGAGGUUCACCCGCAGCUCGGACAUCAUCGUCCAUCAGCGGAUUCACACGGGGGAGAAACCCUUCGAAUGCUCCGAGUGCGGGAAGAGGUUCAGCCAACGGUCCAAUCUCUUCACCCAUCAGAUUGUACACACGGGGGAGAAGCCCUUCACCUGCCUCGAGUGCGGGAAAACCUUUGCCCGGAGGUACGGACUCUUCAGGCAUGAGCGGUUGCACACGGGGGAGAAACCCUAUGAGUGCUCUGAGUGUGGGAAGAGCUUCGGCCAGAGCGGGGACCUUAUCACCCACCAACGCUUCCACACAGGGGAGAAGCCCUACCACUGCUCCGAGUGUGGGAAGUUCUUCUGCAAUAAAUCCAGCCUGGUUAAACAUCAGAAAUGGCAUUCGGGGGAGAAGCCCUACAAGUGCCAUGAGUGCGGGAAGAGCUUCGGGCAGAGCUCAGACCUCAUUGCUCACCAGAGAACCCAUACCGGGGAGAAGCCCUACCCCUGCGCCGAGUGUGGGAAGAGGUUCACCAGAAAAUCCAGCCUCAUCGUCCAUCAGCGGGGACACAGAGGACGGAGAACUGGAGAACGCCCAAAAUGUGGGAAGAGCUCAGAGGAAGACUCCAGCACCGAUGGUCCCAGCAACGUGGGCGUGGGAGAUGGCUCGUCCCCGUGCUCUGAGUGUGCAAAGCCCCUUGAGGAGGCAUCAGACCUCCUUGACCGGCAGAGAUGA